CAAACAAAGCGCUACCGCCGGGUUCUAAGUCCACCUACCUUUCACAGGAUACGUACCUCAAGGUAAUUUCCUCCGUCGGUCACUGCCACGGCCGCAGCAAUCACAAGGACGGCAAGGGCUUGCCAGGGAAAUCACUUUUCAGUAUUGCGGCUGACAUUGGGAUUUUUCAACUUCAACACAAAGAAGCCGCACAACGACAGGAUCAGGUACCGCCCAGGUAUCCGUCACUUCAACCACAGUCUGAAGCAGACAUGGCAACCAACCCCACCCAAGGCUGGCCAAGUCACACCGCGACAAAUGCUGGUGCUUAUCCAAGAGCCCAGAAUAAUAACCACCUUCGGAACAGCCGCCCCCAAUACCGGCAUUCCCGCCCGAGAAGUGGAAAUGCAAGAAAUCCGGGGCUCUCAGGGCGCCAACAUCAAGGGCAACUGAUAGGUGACUGGAGCACAUACCGGAGCAUAUUAAUGGCCUUGAGAAUGGUACCCCCAGAGGUUUCGACAUGGGAUAUCUGGAAAUCGCUCUCUCCUUUUGGGAACAUUGUAUAUGUGGAGAUCGACGAGGAUAGGCAUGGAGAGCGCACCGGGUUGGCCAGAGUUCGCUUUGAACCUCCGCCUAGGAUUAAUUUUUGGGCAAACUCAUGGUGCCAUCUUGAGGUUGGUGGAACCAAGGUCGUGGUGGUCGUGGAGGCGCUCACUCCAACUGCAAAUGAGGGUGCCAUCCGGAGCCCCCUGAGAAAUGCGGUGCCUGCAAAGGUUGUCAUCAAACCUUCUAAGCUCAGCUUUGGGGUUCUUGUUCAGCCGACGACUGUCAUGCAGAUGAAAAGCCUCGGUUCUCUUGGGGCCGAAGGUGACUUCAGUCUUACCGUGGAUUUCAGUCGCAGAAAGGUCGUCAUUCACUUCCCCUUUCGGUUCCAGGACCCCCUGAAUCCAGAGCUUGUGGCCUUUGAUUGCCAAUACAGGCUCGACAUCAGGUUCAAAAACAUCACAAAGUUCUACCGGAUGGAUGCCAAGGAUGGCCAAAGGGCUGUUAUGAUUUCCUUGGACUGUCCCCCCCAGUUCUGGCGAAAGAAGGGUGACUUUGAGAGGACGCAUUCCGCCGGAAGACUGACAUGGGGCGAGCAAGACGUCUGGGCUCGAACGGUCGAGAUUUCCCCAAAUCCCGACAUCUCGAGGGCGGUAGCUGCCUCUUUGGACAACGACCAUCAACUCAUUGACCUUGGCCGGUGGACAACAUACUGCCUCGAGAUGGACGAAAAGGCGGCUGGCGACUGGUCUGCCGCCGAGUCUGCCAUCUGUGACUGGAACAUCAAGACCAGACUUGACAAUUCCAUCCAGCUAAUCCCAAGAUCAGACUCGAAGCUUUGGUCGAUGCUCGAAGGCCCACGGUCACAGGGACCCUCGGGUACAGCGUCAGAGCUACUCACCCAUUCGUUGCUCUUCAGCCUCCCCUUCGAUGUCAGGUAUCAACUCGAGGUUUGCAUCUCGCAAGACAUCCUGCAAGAACACAACAUCUCGGCCGAGUUUCUCUCCAAGCUCGCUCAACUCGCGAACUCGAGCCCGCAAGAUCGGGACAGGGCUCGGCUGAUUCUCGAAUACGCCGCAGACAGGGGAAAGAAAAUCUUCAGUCCCUUGAGCCUGUUCGAGGACAAGGCCGCUUUGACAUUCUGCCCGACGACGGUGAACAUACCGCACUACUGCGCCCUGGUCCGGAAGGUGACGGUGACGCCAACGAGGAUCUACUUCAACUCCCCAACCGUCGAGACAACGAAUCGAGUCAUUCGACACUUCGAACAGCAACAGGAUAAUUUCCUUCGAGUACAGUUCACCGACGAACUCAACGACGGUCGCAUCAAUGGCUCGGAUGCAGCACGAGACAACCAAAUCUACACUCGCGUCUUCCGGGUUUUGAAUAACGGUAUCCGGAUGGGCCGAUGGCACUGGCAGUUUCUAGCAUUUGGGAGCUCUCAAAUUCGAGAGAGCGGAGCCUUCUUCUUCUGCCAACCAGAAGGCAAGCCGGAGGAUGUGGUGACAUGCGACAAGAUCCGUCAGUGGAUGGGGAAAUUCAACCAUAUCAAGGUGGUUGCAAAGUAUGCCGCGAGGCUGGGGCAAUGCUUCUCUACUACCCGCCUUCUUCGUGGCAUACCGGCUCCCAAAGUUGUUCGCAUCCCCGAUAUUGAGAGUCACGGCUACUGCUUCACAGAUGGGGUUGGAAAGAUCUCUCCCUUUCUGGCCCAGAUGAUAGCUCGCGACUGGGACCUCGAUACGGCGCUCUCGGCCUACCAGUUCAGGCUGGGAGGGUGCAAGGGCGUGCUUGUGGUCUGGGAAGAUGCUACCGGCUUGGAAGUUCACAUCAGGAAGUCUCAGGAGAAGUUUCAUGCCGAGUUCAACGGCCUAGAGAUCAUCAGGUGUUCUCAUUUCUCGGUUGCCACGCUGAACCGCCAGACCAUCACCAUCUUGUCAUCUCUUGGCGUCCCGGAUGAGGCGUUCGUAAAUCUGCUGGCUGAACAGCUUCGAAGCUACGACCAAGCAAUGAAGAACCACACGACGGCAGUGCAACUGCUCUCCCAGUAUGUGGAUGAGAACCAGAUGACCCUUACCCUUGCUCGCAUGGUUCUCGAUGGCUUCAUGGAGGCGUCGGAACCCUUCACGAUGGCUCUACUUCAGCUAUGGAGAUCAUGGUCGAUAAAAGCUCUCAAGGAGAAGGCCAGGAUCAUUGUUGAGAAGAGCGCCUUUGUCCUUGGCUGCGUCGACGAAACAGGGACACUAAGGGGAUACGAUAAGACGACUGGUCGACGCCACAGCCAGAAGGCUAAAUACCUUCCCCAGAUAUUCAUCCAGGUGCCGGACCCUCAAGACCGAGGCACUUACAAGGUAAUCACCGGACUCUGCGCCGUGGGCCGAAACCCAUCGCUGCACCCUGGAGAUAUCCGGGUCGUUGAGGCUGUAGACGUACCGGCCUUGAGACACAUUCGAGAUGUGGUCGUCUUCCCUUUGCACGGAAGCAGGGAUAUCCCAAGCAUGUGCUCCGGAGGAGACCUGGAUGGAGACGACUUCUUCGUCAUCUGGGACCAGAACCUCCUGCCUCAGGAAUGGUUCAACGGUCCGAUGAACUACACUGGGCCACCCCCGAAAGAGCUGAACCGAGAUCCCACUGUCCAGGACUUGAAGACCUUCUUCGCCUUGUAUAUGAAGAACAACUCACUACCUCUGAUAGCCCAUGCCCAUCUCGCCCAGGCAGACUUUAUGGACUCUGGGCCUAAAGACCCCAGAUGUAUAAGGUUGGCCGAAUUGCACUCGCAGGCUGUUGAUUACGUCAAGACGGGUGUCGAGGCCGAAAUGGACAAGAAAUUGGCGCCCAGGAGAUGGCCGCAUUUCAUGGAGAAGGCCGGAAAGGCCACGUACCAUUCAUCGAGGGUUCUGGGCCAACUCUACGACAUGGUCCAUAGAGUCGACUUCAGGCCCCGCUACGAAAUGCCCUUCGACAGCCGAAUCCUGACGCGAUACAAGCUGCCAAAUGAAUUGCUGAAGAAAGCCCGAAGGAUCAAGUCUCAGUACGACGCUGCACUUCGCAGGAUCAUGGGUCAGAUGGAGAUAAAGACCGAGUUCGAGAUUUGGACUGCCUUUGUCCUCUCAAAACCACGCGUUGGCACUCAAUACAAGUUGCACGAGACGGUACGCCGCGAGUCAGAGGCGCUAAAGCAGCAACACCGAGAUAUCUGCAUCAAGGAAGCGGGAGGGUCUCGCGACAUUGAAGCCCUCGGCCCAUUUGCCGCCGCCAUGUAUCAGGUCACAUGGGAAGAGGUGCAGAUCGCACUUCACGAAUCUCGGACUGACCACAUCCGCAAAGAUGGCACUAUUGGAAGGCGACCAAUCCGGCCGUACUCGAUGCCACUAAUCAGUUUCCCAUGGCUCUUCGAUACGCAGUUGGGUCAAAUAGCAACAGGGUCAAGGUCAACCACCCGGCGAGGUCUUUACGAGCUAGGCUUGGGUGCCCCUUUAAAAUCGAAGACGGCAACAGCGACAACUCUCCCUCGAGAGGUGGACUCUCAGUCUGUGAUGGACUUGGACUAUGCCCGCACAAGUGACGGACAGGUUAUCCACCGCGGCGAAAUCCUUCGUCUCUUCCAGCAUGAUGAUGAGGAUGACGACUAUAAUGGGGAGACAUCGCACAGUUCUCCUACUAGCGCUAGCCCUCAGUCAACAGACGACAUCAGCGCAGAGCCCGAGGAAGUGCCCCAAACCAGCCAGACAGAAGAGAACCCCUGUCUUGCCAACUUGGAUAAUUACAUGCCAGCCUCGAUCUCUCUCCAGCCAACGACAGGGACGUGUGUAUCUCACGCAACGGAUCUUCCACCUUCUGUCUCCAACGCUAAUGGUGAGCUUAAACCAUCCUUGACAGACGCAGGAUCAGCGUUUGGAGCGCAUGGCGAAGGGGCAAAGGAAAACGGUCUAGGUUCGAAUCACCGCAAGACCGAGGCUCGACAAGCAGGAGCCGCUGCGCCCUCAAGCGAUGGAGCGGGCAGCCCAACUCUAUUGGAUGUGGGCGAGUCGGUUGCAUCGUUCAAAAUCAAAAUCAAGAUAAACCUGGUGCAACAGAAUCUGGAGCGUACGGAUCUGAUUGACCUAUCCGAGCCCAGCUCAACCAAUUUCACGACAACUGACGACGAGCAAGGUUACACUCCCACAGACUCGAUUGGCGAUGAAUCUCCGAAGGGGCAAUUCGGAUCAGGAGAAUAUACCACUUCUACUGGGCAGUCUGACCCGUCGAUGGAUAAUAAUUCCGAGGGAGAGAGCAUCGUCGGCUUGAAAGUCAACGCAAGUACCUCACCCGAUCCAUUCCUCGACAAGGAGGGCACGACCACGCUGUCAGGUGAUCGUUUCCAGUAUCUGUUCACAGAAAACAUCCACACGGUAGCCGGCAAUUCAGGUACACCGUUCCAUGAACUGAGUUUGCCAUAUCUAGCUAACCAGGAUCCGUUCCUGUCAGCCGCUCACCGAGCCGCCAGCCUAGCCGACAGGUCGACACCAUGCCCGCCCAGUAGGACUCAGCGGCCAGCCAAGACUCUUGCUGCAAGUGGCGUGGAUGGGGGCCAGGGCCGUAAAGUGCAGGAAUGGGACUGGACCGAGCAGUCGCCUCGGUCGAAGAGCACGGCGAAGAAGCAGAUGGUGCUGAAGCCUAUCCCCGCCCAUGCAGCUCCCAGAUUGCAGGAUACAGCCUGCUCCUCCUCCUCGGAGCGGCCCGAGUCUGAAGAGGUGGCUUUCGGCCGCUCUGAGCUGUCUGUGCUGGGUCGGGCCGGUAUGCCGAAUACAGCCCCCGAGGAGGAAGAGGAUGAGCCAGAGUUUGAAGAGGCGAUUCUGGACCUCCCCGAAAUGUCUGCAUUGGACCGGGUCGCUAAGCUGGCUGAAGAGUGAAUUGGGGUGGGCUUCACGGCCACUUCGUCUAACCCCCUUUCCGCCAACUCAUCUUUUUUAUUUGUUGUAUUCUAUUUUCAUUCCCUU